ACUCGCACGGUCAUAAAUCGAGAGAUGAUCAUUUGUGAGGUAUAAAAGUACACGGUACGGAUGUAACGUAUUUCACUCGACAAAUCAGUCUAGAGCCGACAACAGGCCAAAAAGUCUCCAUUUUCUUUCAAGAGGUAAGAAAAGCAAAUAAAAACAAACCAAGAUGUGUGAUGAUGAUGCAGGAGCUCUUGUCGUCGACAACGGAUCGGGCAUGUGCAAGGCCGGAUUCGCUGGUGAUGAUGCACCACGUGCCGUGUUCCCAUCGAUCGUUGGCCGACCACGUCAUCAGGGUGUGAUGGUCGGUAUGGGCCAAAAAGAUUGCUAUGUCGGUGAUGAAGCCCAAAGCAAACGUGGUAUCCUUACAUUGAAAUACCCAAUUGAGCACGGUAUCAUUACUAACUGGGAUGAUAUGGAGAAGAUCUGGCAUCAUACCUUCUAUAAUGAAUUGAGAAUUGCACCAGAAGAGCAUCCAGUCCUCUUGACCGAAGCCCCAUUAAAUCCAAAGGCCAAUCGUGAAAAGAUGACUCAAAUCAUGUUUGAAACCUUCAAUUCACCAGCCAUGUAUGUUGCCAUCCAAGCUGUCCUCUCAUUGUACGCUUCCGGUCGUACAACUGGUAUUGUAUUGGACUCCGGUGAUGGUGUAUCACACACUGUCCCAAUUUACGAAGGUUACGCAUUGCCACAUGCCAUCCUCCGUUUGGAUUUGGCUGGUCGUGACUUGACCGAUUACCUUAUGAAGAUCCUUACCGAACGUGGUUACUCAUUCACAACCACCGCCGAACGGGAAAUUGUCCGUGACAUCAAGGAAAAAUUGUGCUACGUUGCAUUGGACUUUGAACAAGAAAUGGCAACUGCAUCGGCCUCAACAUCAUUGGAAAAGUCAUAUGAAUUGCCAGAUGGUCAAGUCAUCACCAUUGGUAAUGAACGUUUCCGUUGCCCAGAAUCGCUAUUCCAACCUUCAUUCUUAGGUAUGGAAUCAUGCGGUAUUCAUGAAACCGUUUACAAUUCAAUCAUGAAGUGCGAUGUUGACAUCCGAAAGGACUUGUAUGCCAACACCGUACUCUCAGGCGGUACCACCAUGUAUCCAGGUAUUGCUGAUCGUAUGCAAAAGGAAAUCACCGCAUUGGCACCAUCAACUAUUAAGAUCAAGAUUAUUGCACCACCCGAACGUAAAUACUCCGUAUGGAUUGGUGGUUCAAUUUUGGCUUCAUUGUCUACCUUCCAGGCCAUGUGGAUCUCGAAGGCGGAAUACGAUGAAAGCGGCCCAUCAAUCGUUCACCGCAAAUGCUUCUAGACACACUCAAAAAUUCAUCCAAAGAUUCAGUGUUUUUAUUCAUAUAACGGCCGUGUCGAGUGAUCUCACACAUUUAUGUACAUGCAGUCAUGCAAGAUCACAAUAAAAUUUGUUGUUAAAAUGAAAUGAAAAAAAAAAGGAUAAAUGAAUGGCGCAAAGGUUUUUACCAAAUUUUAUCGAGUAUAAAACAUAAGCAAAACAAAAGAGUGGAAGAAAAAGAAACAAAAAAAAAAUCUCAUAAUCAAAUCAGAGAAUAAAAAUAAUUUGAAUGAUGUCA